UGAGCAUUUGAUCUUGAGCAUUUGAUCUUGAUUUCUCUAUUGUUAAUUGGAGAGAGGCAAAAAGCGAAGUCUCCCGUGUGACCACAGGAGAAAGUAAAUUCCUUAUUGGCAGUUGCAGGAACCGUUUCUUGCUUAGUCACAAUUUGGCGGGACGACCUCCCUGAACCUCGGCAUCUCUUUCCCUCGGCGUAGACUGACGAGAAGGAUAACGAACGACAUGGCUGGACAACUCCAAUUACUUCUCAUAUAUCAUCAUCCAGCGAUCUCCUGAGUAUACCUAUCUUAUUACCUAGUCCAUCCAUCUUCUAGAACCCCGUCAAGUCCCCAACACGAACCAAUAUGGCAGAAGCACAGCUCAAUGACUUCCCGUCACUCUUCUCCCUGAAGGGCAAGGUCGCCGUUGUGACCGGCGGUUCAAGAGGAUUAGGCCUAUCGGCCGCCUCAGCCCUCCUCCAAGCCGGCGCCUCCAAGGUGUUCAUCUCCUCCCGCAAAGCCGCCGCCUGCGACGCGGCCGCCAAGACUCUCAACGCGCUGCCCAACCUCCAGCCCGGCGCGGCCGCCAUCUCGGUGCCAGCCGACAUCUCGACCGUCGCCGGGGUCGAGCACCUGGUGGCCGAGGUGGGCAAGCACACGCCUCACGUCGACGUCCUGCUGGCCAACGCGGGCGCCACCUGGGGCGAGGCCUUCGACAGCCACCCGGACAGCGCCUUCGCCAAGGUGAUGGACCUCAACGUGCGGGGCGUCUUCAACACGGUGCGCCUGUUCGCCCCGCUGCUGGGCCGCCGCGCCUCGGUCGCCGACCCCAGCCGCGUCGUCAUCACCGCCAGCGUCGCCGGCCUCGGCAUCGGCACCCUCGGCGCCAACGGCACCUACGGCUACUCGGCCAGCAAGGCCGCCGUCAUCCACCUGGGCAGGAACCUCGCCGUCGAGCUGGGGCCUCGCCACAUCACCGUCAACAGCAUCUGCCCGGGCUUCUUCCCGUCGAAGAUGAGUAACGGCCUGCUGGCCAUCGGGGGAGGCGCUGACGCGCUCGCCCAGAACAAUCCCAUGGGGAGGCUGGGCCAGCCCGAGGACAUCGCCGGCGUGGUGGUGUACCUGUCGAGCCGGGCGGGGUCGCACGUCAAUGGGGCGGCGAUUGAGAUCGAUGGGGGCGCCUUGUGGGCAACGGGCGAGCUCAUGGCACCGGGGAAGAGCAAGCUAUAGGUUAAUAAUAAUAAAAAGCAUUGAUUAUUGUUCCCCCCGAU